UAGAACUUCUCUCACUACUCACUACUCUCUUCAAUCUGAUCGGAAGCCAUGGCAGCUGAGUUGAUUCUGUCUCCGAUUGCUGACAAAAUCAUUGGUGGUUUGGGAUCUGAAGCUGUGAAACACAUCUCUCUGAUUUGGGGUGUGAAGGAUGAACUUAAAGAUCUCAAAGAAACCAUUUCAACAAUCCAAGCUGUGCUUUUGGAUGCUGAGAAGAAACAGUCUCACAACAACCAAGUCAAGAACUGGCUCCAAAGACUCAGCACUGUGGUUUUUAAAGCAGAUGACUUGAUGGACGAGUUCAACACUCAAGCUUUGAGACGCCAACUCAUCAUGCCUCAAAAUCCAAUGGCCAACAAGGUGUGCACUUUCUUUUCCAGCUCCAACCAACUUGCAUUUCGGUUCAAGAUGAGUCGUAAAAUAGAAGUCAUCCAGAAAAAACUGGCUUCCAUUUCCAAUGAUAGAAACUUUCUUCUAGAGAAAGGAGGUCAAGAGACUCUGACUGCUAGUAGCAGAGUGAGAGAUACUUACUCCUAUGUACGCCAUGAAGAUGUUAUUGGGAGAGAUGUGGAUAGAUCUGUUAUCAUAAAUAAGCUUUUGUUGGAGAGUUGUGAAGAGAGGGUUCCAAUGAUCGCCAUUGUAGGAAUUGGAGGCUUAGGAAAAACCACUCUUGCUAAAAGUGUUUUUAAUGAUGAGAAAGUCCAAAAACAUUUUGAGCUAAAGAUUUGGGUGUGUGUGUCUGAUGAUUUUGACUUGAAAUUAAUUGUUAGAAAGGUUGUUGAGUCCGCGAAAGGUGAUAGCAAUUUUGGAGACCUUGGAAUGGAGUCGUUGCUAAAGAAGUUUCAAGAAAUACUUGGUGGAAAGCGUUAUUUUCUUGUACUAGAUGAUAUAUGGGAGGAGAAUCAUAACAAGUUGUCAGAGUUAAAAAAUUUAAUAAUAAGGGAUGAAAAUGCUGGGAGUAGAGUUGUAGUAACUACCCGGAGUGCACACAUUGCUAAGUUUUUAACGAGCAAGCAACAACCAUAUCAACUAGGUGUUCUUGAUGAAAAUCAAUCUUGGUCUUUGUUUACAAGGGUGGCAUUUGAAGAUGGCUCACGAGAGCGAGAAAACUCUAGCAUUGUGAAGAUUGGAAAGGAGGUUGUGAAAAGGUGUAAAGGAAUUCCCUUGGCCAUCAAAACAAUAGGAAAUUUAUUACAUGGGAAAAGUUUAGAAUCAGAGUGGUCUUCCUUAGAUAAGGAAUUUUCAAAAAUACCAUAUCAACAUGAAGAUGAUAUCUUACCAACCCUCAAAUUGAGCUAUGAUCAUCUUGCCUCCAAUUUGAAACUUUGCUUUGCCUACUGUAGUUUAUUUCCUAAAGAUGAAGAAAUUGAGGUGAUAAAUUUAAUUAACCUUUGGAUGGCACAAGGGUUUCUUAAGUUAUUAGAUGAAAGUCAAGAUCAAUGUUUAGAAGAGGUGGGCUAUGAAUGGUUUAUGACAUUGUUGGAAGGAUCAUUCUUUCAAGAUGUUGAAGUAGAUGAAUUUGGCAUUAUUACAACAUGCAAAAUGCAUGAUUUGAUGCAUGAUCUUGCCGUUCGAGUAAUAGGAGAGGAAUGUACUACAUUUGAAAUUUCAAAUGGCCAAGGAAAUAUCAAGGAAACUACUCAUCAUGUGUCUUUGGUAGGUGAUACUUACUCUGGAAGUGAACUUUCAGUUCUUUUGGUUCAUGCCAAAAAGUUUCGAACAUUUCUCAAACUUUCCAAGUUCGAAGACGAGAAAUUUUUCGAUGCCAUAAUAUCAAAUUGUAAGUUUAUACGUUGUUUGGAUUUGAAAUGUUCAAGUAUGAAACUAGUAUCAAAUUCUAUUGGCAAGUUGAAACACAUGAGAUAUUUAGACCUCUCAGAUAAUUCUCAUCUCAAGUCACUUCCCAAUUCAGUUACUAAUUUGGUGAAUUUGCAAACAUUGAAACUCAAUUCCUGCUCAAAUCUUCAAGAACUACCUACAGAUUUUGAGAAACUCAUCAACCUUAGGCAUCUUGAACUUUCUUUUUGUGACAAAUUGAAUUCUUUGCCAAGUGGAGUAGGUCAGUUGGAAAAUUUGAGAUAUUUGGACCUUUCUUGGAGUUGUGGUCUAUUAUCGUUACCAGAUUCAACUACUGAUUUGUUGAAUUUGCGAACAUUGAAACUCAAUUCCUGCUCAAAUCUUCAAGAACUACCUAGAGAUUUUGAGAAACUCAUUAACCUUAGGCAUCUCGAACUUUCUUCUUGCGAUAAAUUGAAUUCUUUGCCAAGUGGACUAGGACAGUUAACACAAUUGAGAUACUUGGAUCUUUCUUUGAAUGAUGGUCUAUUAUCACUGCCAGAUUCAACUAGUGAUUUGUUGAAUUUGCACACACUGAAACUACGUCAUUGCUCGAAACUCCAAGAGCUUCCUAGGGAUCUUUGGAAACUCAUCAACCUUAGGCAUCUUGACAUUUCUGGUUGUGAUAAAUUGGAGUAUAUGCCAUGUGGACUAGGCCAGCUAACUAAUCUCCAGAAGUUAUCAAAUUAUGUGUUGAUGAAGAGCAAAAAGUCUAUCCCAAGACAUGGUGGUGAGCUAAAGGAAUUGAUGAGGUUGAACAACUUGAGAGGCGGAUUGAAAGUUACAAAUUUGAGUUGUGAGAAAGAUGUGGUAGCAGAGUAUGGGACAGCAAAGUUAACGGAUAAACAAUAUGUUCGAUCAUUGAUAUUGGAGUGGGAUUCUGAUGAAGAUGAAGAUGAAGCUGAGGCUAUUGUUGGUUAUGAAAUGUCAUUAGAAGGUCUUCAGCCACACCAAAAUAUUCAGGAACUAACAAUAAGAAAGUAUGGGGGUGUUAAGCUCUCUAGCUGGCUCUCAUCACUUACAAGCCUAGUGAAAUUAAGAUUAGCAGAUUGUGCAAAAUGUCAGCACCUUGUUCCAUUGAAGCAAUUACACUGUUUGAAGAAUUUGAUGCUUGAGAGGUUGGUAUGUUUAGAGUACAUAUCCAACACUAAUAAUAUGAGUGAAGACUUGAUUGGUUCAACAACAACAUUACUUCCAUCUCUAGACUCACUUUGGUUGUUUGAUUUGCCUAAUCUAAAAGGAUGGUGGAGAGAGAUUGUAACUUGUGGUGAAGAAGAGAAACAUAUGGCCUUGCCUUAUCUCCCUUGUCUUUCAGCAUUAAGGAUAAUUGAUUGUCCUAAGCUGACUUGCAUGCCACCUUACCCACAUUUGAAUGGAACGUUGAUGCUAAGCAAGACUAGCCAAAAGCCAUUCGAAGAGACAUUAAGAGUGAUGAGUAGUAAUGUUAAUGUUAGAUCUAUAUUCCCAACAACGUCUUCUUUUUCACCUCUUUCCAAAUUAGAAUGGCUAAUUCUAGAAAACAUGGAUGAUCUUGAAUGUCUUCCUGAUUGUUUCAAGAGCCUUACUUCUCUCAAUAACUUGAAUAUUAGAAGUUGCCCAAAAUUGAAGAAUUUGUGUCCAGGUAUUCUACAUCUCUCAUCACUUCGACAUUUGGGGAUCAAAAAUUGCGAGGGGUUAGGGGACAUGCUUAAUAGCGACGAUUAUGACUUUAUGUGGCAAGCUCUAAAUGGAAGACUUAACUUGCUAAACUUAUCUAAGUUGCCUAAUAUAGUGAGUGUUCUUCCUAAGGGUAUCCAACAUCUUACAAGUUUACAACAAAUUGAAGUUCACUCAUGUGAUAGUCUGACAACAAUUCCUGAGUGUAUCAAUAACCUCAAAUCACUUAAGACACUUACAAUGGACUCAUGUCCACAUCUGACAUCAUUCCCUGAAGGAAUUCGAAGCCUUACCACUUUGAACGAACUCAAGAUCAAGGAUUGUCCGAUGUUAUUGAGAAGAUGCAAAAGGAAUACAGGUGAAGAUUGGGAUAAGAUUUCUCAUAUUCAACACUUGGACUUACUUCCAGAUCCCAACAACACUGAAGAAAAUGAGAAUUCAUCAAAUGGAUGCAAUCUCUUUAACAAGUUUGGGCUCCACAAUAUUAUUAAUAAAAGAGAUCAAGGAUAGAUAUGUAUAGAAGAUUGUUCUUUUUUUUCCAAAUGGAGAUGGAAAUUAAAUACAUUAAUUAUCUUCAUGAUAAUUCUGUAUCAAUAAAGGUAAAGAAUGAGGGAAUUGGAGAUGCAAGAACAACUUAUCAUAAGUUGAUGGUGCCUUCAAUUAAGUCUUGUUGUUAUAGAGAUUACAAAUAAUUUUAUGUCUAAGCCAAUGAAAUGUGUAAUCCCUUAUAUUGUAUUGUAUUAUGUUUCCUUGUUUACUUGAUUGAUUCAAAAUUAUUUAUUACAAAAUGAA